CGCGCACCUCGCCUCCACCUCGGCCCGCCGCAGUCUGCGCCCAGACCUUGCCCAGUCCAGAUCAGGAAUCCUGCUGCCGCUGCCCGCGACCUCCGGCCGCCGCGCCCCUCCCCGCCCCGCGCCCAGAGGUUGUCCGCCCGGAAGGAACAGGAGCAGCGGCCGCGCGCGUGCAGCGUCCUUCCUGCCGUCCCCGCCCUCCCCGUCCUCGCCGUCACCACCAUGAAGGCGGCGACGGUGGCCGGCGUGCUGCUCGCCCUGCUGUGCGGCGCGGCCUGCAGCCCCAUCCUCGGCGUGCCCGCGUACUCCGUGAUGACGGCGGAGGACGACGACAGCGCCGGCGCCGACGGCGCAGACACCGACUUCUCGCACCUCGUCGUCACCACGGGCUCCCCGCGGCACCAGGCGGCGCCCCAGCGCGCCCCCGCGGCCUCCACCGCCGCCGCCGGGACCCCCGACGACGUGGUGCCCCUGGCCACCGACAAGGACCGCGGCCGCUUCCUCGCCACGCUGCUCAUGCUGGAGAGCCUCCACGACAAGCCCUACCCCGUGCACGGCGUGGCCGACGCCAAGCUCAAGAAGGAGAUCCUGGCCGACGAGGAUCUGAUGCAGGAGGUCCUCAAGCUGUACGAGACCACGCAGGAAACCAAGGGGCAGCACUUCAUUAAGAUCCCCCCCAGGCUGAUGAAGAAGAUGAAGCAGAAGAUGGCGGAACUGCUCAGCGAGUGAACGAGGGGCACUUGAAUUGUUUUGAUUAUUGUGUCAGAUUGUGUGCGUCAUUAUUGCGUCUAUUUGUUCAUUCAGUAUUUAUUUCCCUAGUGCCAUCAUUGUAAAUAAGUCAUAUCAUACCCUCCUUCAAUGCCAUUUUAAAUCAAUUGUCAAAAGGGCGUUUUAAAUUAUUUGAAAUAAGAGCGGAAAUACAGAAGAAAAAAUUGCUGGCAAGAGUAAAACUACCUGAUUAUCUGUGAUCUGUCAUGCUUCAUGUGUGUCCUGAAAUAAAGAAUGCCUGCGUAAUUA